AUGUCUACACCACCUCUAGUUCUGCAACCCGCAACCCUCGAAGAUAUGCCCGCCAUCACAGAACUAUUCUACGCCGUCUUCACCGACCCGGGCAUGAGACACCUAUUCCCCGACACCCCGGGAACACACCAAUGGUUCACAGCAACCAACCACACCGACAUGCUCACCAAGCCGUACCAAAAGUACCUUAAAGUGAUCGAUCCGAGCACCGUCGACGCCCAGGGCCGGGCGCGGAUAGCCGCAUACGCCAAAUGGGACCUGGCCAUGGCGGACGAACGCGGGCCUCGGUUCCCGCCUUGGCACAGCGACAUGCCGCAACACGAUUGCGAUACGUUCUUUGGGAAGCUGGAGAGUGAGCGUAAGCGCGUGAUGGGCGAUCGGAAACAUUACUACCUUGAUAUGCUCGGUACGCAUCCCGAUUACCGGUGUCGUGGGGCGGGCACUAUGCUUGUGCGAUGGGGAUGUGAACUUGCUGAUCGGGAGGGUGUUUUGGCUGAUCCCCCUGAGUCCGCUGAGGUAUCCUCGAUGGCACGAGGGCUUGAGAAUAGAGGUUAG